AUAAAAGGGACAAAAAUUUCUUUAACCUGAUUGGUCAGCCAAGCGUUUCUCCACGUAUUUGUUACGUCAAAUGAGUGCACCUAUUUUCGAACUGUCCGACAUUCUAAUCCACUAGUCAAAUGUCAAUUCUCGCGAUGUCAUGCCGUCACGUGACCGAGCUCUAGCAAAAUAUUCGUACGACGAAAAAGAAAAACUGCGUGUUUGACUUCUGCUAUCUGCAAAAUAAUGCCUCGUCGUUGAAAGAUGAUGCGAGCGUUUCAAGUACAUUUCGUAUUGUUGCGCAAGUGGAGCCUCAUCGUCGGGAUCUUAUUACUGUGUAACAUUUCGCGACAUGUAUCCCAUGGGAUCGAGACGAUUAACCUCAAAAAUGAGAAUGUCACCGAUAGCAAGACUACGCUCGCGGUGACAAACAGUCCGAAUACCUUAAAUGUCACGACAAAUGUCGGUAUUUCGGCAGAUUUGUCUAGUACAACGCGAAUCACGAACAGUACAAACGUCGGUAGUCAUAACGUUAGUUCAAUCUCCACUGUAAAACCUCCUGUCACAUCUGUUAAUUCAACUGUAAACACCAAUGUUAUCAACGAUGGAACAACUGAGAAGAUCGGCACGAUAUCGCCAAGUUCUGUCAAUGAUAAGAAUGCAACGUUUAUCUCCAUAUCAUCGCAGAGUCCAGAUGCCGUCAACACAACGAACACUAGCACAACCACAGUUGCCCCGGCGGAACCGGUUCUUCCUGAUAAGGGUUCUGCUGAGGAGGAGCAUAACAGCUCGAUGUCCAUAUUCUUCGUAUUGUGUGUCUUAGCACUAGGAAUAUUAUUGAUACACCUGAUGCUGCAAACUAAUUUCAAGUACCUUCCUGAAUCAGUAGUGAUCGUCUUCUUGGGAGCUGCGAUUGGCAUGAUCAUAAAUCUCAUGUCGCAUCAGAAUAUAGCCAACUGGAGAAAAGAGGAGGCUUUUUCGCCGACCGCGUUUUUCCUGGUUCUACUUCCGCCCAUUAUAUUCGAAUCGGGAUACAAUCUGCAUAAGGGAAAUUUUUUCCAAAACAUUGGCAGUAUUUUAGUAUUUGCCAUUUUUGGAACGGCUAUCUCUGCGUUUGUCAUCGGCGCCGGAAUAUAUUUGCUAGGUCUGGCGCAAGUAGCGUACAAGCUCAGUUUCGUCGAGAGUUUUGCAUUUGGAUCACUGAUAUCGGCGGUGGAUCCUGUCGCAACGGUUGCAAUUUUUCAUGCUCUUGAUGUCGAUCCAGUCUUGAAUAUGUUGGUCUUUGGAGAAUCGAUUUUGAAUGACGCUAUUUCCAUUGUAUUGACAACUUCUGUCUUGGAGUCCAACAAUGCGACAACGACCAGUAAAGCUAUAAUACUUGGCUUGAAUCGAUUUUGCCUCAUGUUCUUUGCAUCAGCCGGAAUUGGCGUUGUUUUUGCUUUAAUAAGUGCAUUACUGUUAAAGCAUGUAGAUCUCAGGAAGAAUCCAUCUUUAGAGUUUGGCAUAAUGUUAGUAUUUACGUAUGCCCCAUAUGUUUUAGCAGAAGGCAUACAAUUGUCAGGAAUUAUGGCAAUUCUAUUCAACGGAAUAGUCAUGUCACACUAUACACAUUUUAACUUAUCAACUGUUACGCAGAUUACAAUGCAACAAACUAUGCGAACACUAGCCUUUAUAGCUGAGACUUGUGUUUUUGCAUACUUAGGAUUAGCAUUGUUUAGUUUUAGACAUAGGUUUGAGCCAGCAUUAGUCGUUUGGUCCUUAAUCUUGUGUCUGAUUGGAAGAGCUGCCAACAUAUUUCCAUUGGCCUUACUUGUUAAUCGUUUCCGCGAGCAUCAAAUCACAAAGAAAAUGAUGUUUAUCAUGUGGUUUAGCGGCCUGCGCGGUGCUAUAUCAUACGCACUAUCGCUUCAUUUAGAUUUCAGUGAUGAAACGCGCCAUGUUAUUAUAACAACGACACUUAUAAUCGUAUUGUUUACGACCUUAAUAUUCGGCGGUUCUACUAUGCCUCUGUUAAAAUUCUUAAGGGCAGAAAAGAAACAGAAGAGCAAUAGUAGGAGAAAGAAGAAGGAUAAGGAAGUUUCAUUGAGUAAAACCAGAGAAUGGGGACAAACUAUAGAUUCCGAAUAUUUGUCGGAACUCACAGAGGAGGAAAUGGAAGUGUCUUUCUUACAAUCACGGAUUCGUGGUUUUGCAAGAUGGGAUUUAAAAUUUUUCAUUCCAUUCUUCACAAGGCGAUUUACGCAACAGGAGCUAAAAGACUGCAAAUCACAGAUGACAGAUUUGACGAAUCAAUGGUACCAAGCUAUCAGAAUCAGUCCAAUAGAAUCGGACGAAGAGGCAACUACGGCAUCGACUGCCCAAUUAAACCUGAACAUUAGUAAAACGGCCAAGGAGCAAUCACACGGAAAAGAGAAGAACGGGCGUCCUAGACACGGAACUGAGGAGGAUUGGUCUGAUUAAAGUCCAACUUGUUCUCACUAAUGUUACGGAUUAUGUUUACUUACCUUUUAUCUGUAUUAAUUUUAUUUCAUAAUUUUUUAAUUAUGUAAUAUAUAUUUGUUGAGUAUGAAUGAGAGAAAAUAUUAUUUACACAAUCUGAUAUUUUUGUUGUACAUAUAGAGAUAUAUACAAAUAACCAAUUGUUCUUCACUUGUUAAUCUUGUUAUGUGCAAUAUUUAAAUUUUAUUUUUAAUCAUAAUAAAUUAUGAUAUUCAGUAAAAAUACAACGAAAAAAAAAUCUGUCGCAGGAAUAUAUAUAAUGAUAGUCUAAUAUUGUAUUAUAUCUACUAUUAUUUGAUUUAUUUGAUAUAUUAAUUGAAACCAUUGUGAUUUUAAUAAGUCAUAAGUUAUUUAAACAAACUUGGUAAAAAAAAUUAGCAAUAGUAUUUAGUAAAUUGAUUCAGAUAAUUUAUAACAUCUAGUUAUUAUUAUUAUUCUCACAGAAUUGUUAAAUUAUAUAUUUAUGCUAUAAAGAAAAAUGCCUUUUUAUUAAUUAUUCUAUAAUAAUAUUUGAACAAUGUAAAAUUAAUUACACGUUUGGACUUGCCAAAUACGUUUAAAUACGAAUAGCGUUAAAGUAAUUUAAAAUUAUGAUGAUUGAACAAAUACAUGAAUAUAAUGAGUAAAUCAUAAAUUAAAAUUAAAAAAAGAUCUGUUUUCUAGUUAUUAAUUACCUGUGAUGGUAUUGUUGCGAAAAAAUAUGUAUAUUAUUUGUCGUAAACACUUGCGAGCGUAUAUGUUUCGUUAUCAUAUCAUUCGUAGGUGAAUAUACGGUGAAUAUCUUAUCUUGCUUUCUCGAGGCCGAACAUUAACCCAUUAUACAAGUUUCGUAGUUAGAAAUCAGCUGGCGAAAAAUAAAUUUUAUUACGAACUGUACUCUACUGUAAAACGGAAUAAAAUUUGUAAUUGAUAUUGCAUUCGGCAGGUAAUAUACACAGCCUGAUGAUAGAAACGGAGAAAUAUUAACAGUUAUACACGCGACGAAUUCUAUAAAGUAUUUUCACUUUUUUUCUCGUUCGAUAUUUAAUAUAAAACAUAUUUGGAAAUAUGUAAACACAUUGUACCCUGCCCUUUAUGAUGACUGUAUAAUCUCAUUCAGGGAUAAUAAAGGUGAUAUAAUUUUGUGAUAUACAUAAUAAAAAGAAAAUCUAUAUAA